AUGUGUUUAUACUGCUAUUGGAAAUUAUGGAUACAGCACUAUAGGAUUCUAGAAAUCCUCUCGCAGUCGUCCGAGAAGCUGGAGCACCUGAUCGCCUCCUCACCCGCCUCGUUAGCCGCGAAAGCCUCCGCCGAGCAGGAUGCGAUAGCAGCGUUGCAAGCAUUGCGCAACAACAACAAUCAUACAAAAUCAGUUACCUCAGUACUUAGUAAAACGCAUCUACAAAACCUGGAAGCAAAUUCAGUAUCUGUGAUCCCGAUUGAGAGCAUGAAAAUUUCAUCCUCCAAUCAGCAGCAGCAGCCGUCGAUAAUCCACCAAACGAUACACCUGCAUCCGACUCAGCUCCAGCAGCAGCAGCAGCAGCAACAACCAAAACAGCCCCUGAUUCAGGUCAAGAAUCUGACCCAGCUCCAGCAGGAACAUCUCGAAACCGCAGCGGUAUUAAUGGACAUUAGCAAAAAAGUGAUAAUCUCACCACCCAGCUCGAAUCCUCAAUCGCCCAGCCUAAUUGCCGAACAGCAACAACAGCAGCUGCAGCAGAAGCAGCAACAAUUACAACAAUCGCACCAGUAUCAAACCAUCAACAAUAACAAUCAGUCGCAACUACAAAGUAUUAAGUCUUCUGUGAUAAAGCCUCACGAGUUUCUCCUGAACAACCUAAAGCGAUCCCCCAGCAGCGAAGAAAUGGAUCUCACGAUGAAACGCCUAAAGGUGGAACCGAACAUCCUUUCACCAACGCUUCCUGCCACCACGCUGGUGAAGAAGAAUGUCAUUAAACGGGAAAGUUUGCCGGAAAUAGUCGCAGACGAUCAAACCAGCCAGCACAGUGACAGUGCCGAUAGUAGCGACUCCGGUCGUUUGCAGAUGGACAUCUCUUCCCAGGAUGCCGGUUCGGAAUGCACCACGGACGAGAUCAAGCGGUCGAACAACAAUAAUAACAACAAUAACAAUCAUCAUCAUCACCACCAUCACCACCACCACCACCAUAAUAGCAGUAGUCAGGUUGACCACAUGGGACGGGAAACGCCGGAUAGCUUAAACUCGAUUGAAGAACAGCAACACCUGCAGCAGGUACAGGUUCAUCUCGGGCAGCAAUUUGGUGUGCUGGCUGAUGGAGCCGAUCCAGCCACAACCCAGCUGUGGCAGGCACUGGCGCAAAAUACGAAUCUCAUUAACGGUGCUGGCAACGAAGCAACUCAACUCCUCCGCAAGAUGAUAAACGCUCGAGCACUUGGUCUGCAGUUCUCACCAUCCAUACAGAUCACUCCCGGUGUGUCCCUGAUCAAGGCUGAUGCGAGUCGCGGCAGCGGCCAGGGCCGCCGGAAACAAUCGUGCCCGAGUCGAACACCGGUGGAUGAUAAUCCGUCGGCGAACACACCCAUGGAAGCCCUCAAGCUAACGACGUCCACCGGAAAGUCGGCUGGCGGCGGUACAAUGACUGUAGCGACCAGCAACAGCGGAAGCAGUCCGAUUCAUCUGGACGCUGCCGCCAUCAGUCACUUGAACCGUGCCAAUUCAGCCAAUAUCCUAUUUCGAACGAAGCAGCAGCACGACGCAUCCCCGCAGGGGAUGGCAAGUUCUAUCGAGUCCAAUAGUGGUAGCGUAAGUCCCCAGCUCCUAGCAGCGGGUAAGAAUGCUGCUCAGCUAGCUGCGCAGCAGCUAGCCCAGCAAUCCGCUCAGCAGCAGCAGCAACAGCAACAGCAAUCACAGCAGCAGCAGCAACAGGGCCAACCGCAGCAAAAUUCCCAGCAGAAAGAUAUGUCUUGCACGAAUUGUGGAACCACCACGACCACCAUCUGGCGGAGAAACAUCCGCGGCGAAAUGGUCUGCAAUGCCUGCGGGCUGUACUUCAAGCUGCACGGCGUUAAUCGUCCGCACACCAUGCGACGGGAUACCAUUCACACCCGCCGGCGUCGCCCGAAGGGUGACAAAUCAACGAGAAGGAAAUCGAUCAAGCAGGAAAGCAGCGAGCCGCUGGAUAACGGCGUAGCGGAGGGAGCAGCUGACUUGCAGGCCCUGCAAAAUCACAACCUGCUGAUUGCCCUGAGAGAUGCAGCCCGCGCGACACCUCCGAACUUCUCGAUGCCACCCGCCUUCCAGCACUACCUGCGAGUGACGCAGAACUUCGAUCCGACCAGUGCGGACAUGGAGGCAGGCGACGACAGCGGUCCCGAGAACGACAUCGACUCGUGCAAUCUGCCGCUGAACCUGGUCGCCACCCAGCUCGGCAGUGAUUCCUCGCAGCACUGA